AUGCACCAGGCAAUAUUCAUCAACUAUAGGAAUGGGGUAUAUCAAAAUAACCCAGAGCAACAGCGUCGGAUCGUGUCGCACGCUUCGAAACAAAAGCGAACUGGCAAGAAAACCUCCUUGACAAACCCGCAUCAUAUAGUGAUCCGUAAUGCCUCACUUAAUCAGACGAAUGAUGUACGGCCCAGUGAUGGUAAACUCAAUGAUCAGGAUGAUCGCACCUUACACGACAACGAUGCACCUCUCAUGGGCCAGUUGGUGGCUAGCCCGACCUCUGAUAAUUCUCUUUCCGGCCUCGACCCGUUUGGGGCUUUGCCAAUCCGAACAACGACGGCGGGUGUCCAUGAAAUCUUACAAUACUUACUACAUUCAUAUUCUGCAACGCUCCUACCGUUCAGACGAGUUCAAGGAAGCCUCCAGGCCUCGACAGGAAGUUAUUUAUCAGCAGCUCUAGCCAACCCCGAAUUUUUCAAUGCGAUAGUUUCUAUGACUUCGAGUGCAUACGAAGCUCAGACCAGUAUGACGUACGCGAAAGAACCAUCGGCUCGCGUACUAUAUUUCCGUGGUCAGGCAUUGAAGCUAUUGUGGAAGAAGUUAGCAAGUGGAAGCGCCGCAAUUGAAGUCGGAACAGUGAUGGCGAUAAUCUUACUGAUGGCAAUGGACAUUGCAUAUUUUGAAGCAGGACCCGUGCUAAUGCAUCGACUUGCUCUGCGCCAGAUAAUGAAGAACCCACCUGGACCGGAGAGUCAACUUGAACACAGCUGGCGAUUACACAACCCCAAAAUGCAAAGCACGCUGCGGGAUUACUUGUCAGACAAGAAGCCUUCAUGGAGUCUUGAGGCCGGGGAAACUUUACUUACACCGUAUCCUCUUGAUCGCCUCAAGCCUCUAACUUAUAUGUACCCAAGUGCAUAUGCAGAACUGAAGAUAUAUGAGAAGCUCCCGAGCGGGUUUCAGGCCUUAGCAAGCCAAGGCGACCUCAGUGUUGAAGUACUUCGAAUUGUGCACCGCAUUGCUAAGGUUGUCGAAAUCCUCGAAAAGACCCGAAUGAAUAGGAGUUCUGCUGAUGAAAUGGAAUUCGCCGAAACCUACAAACCUGAGCACGAAUUCCACGAAUGUAUUGAUUGCAUACGGCGCAUACCGUCAUUGCAGCCAAACUAUGCGAACCCCGACACAUCCGCGGAUGCAACAAUCGAGCAUGUCAUCUGCUUAGCCCUCUUGACCUUCGUUGAAUCCAUCUUCGGUUGUGUGACGUAUGGUCCACUCUUCGGAUCUGUACAAGCUCACCUACGCAAGACUUUGCAAACCUGCGAGAUAAGCGAUCAUCACGAAGAGUGCAUUACCUGGGCCCAAAUGGUAGCCGUCUGGGCUCAAACUCGGAUAUUAGGGAGUACCACUGGCGUGUCCUUCGGAACCAUUUUGACUGGUUAUACCCUGAGUCAAGGAUGGAGCGAGAUACAAGAUAUUCUCGAGACAUUCUUGCUCACCGAAGAGAUGGCUAUUGCAUGUGAGCAAGCAUGGGGAAAGAUGAACCAUGACUGA